AUGUCCAUCACCACCGUAGAGCAAGCCCAUGUUCUCACCGUCCAAGGUCCAUCGCAGGCCCUAAAAGUUGACGGAACCGAUCCGACCUAUGGGGAUUGGAGAGAUGACCUCGCCCGUGACGGAUUCGCAGUGAUCAAAGGAGCUGUUCCCCGAGCGAAUGCGGAUAAGUAUGCCGAUGCCAUGUACAGUUGGCUCGAGGGAUUCAACCUGGGAUUCGACCGAAACGAUGUGUCGACCUUCCACAAGGAUAAGCUGCCGCACAUCACAGAGAAAGGCAUGUGUUUGCAGUACGCAGUGACUCAUGAAGACUUUGCAUGGGCCAUUCGAAGUGAGCCCGGUGUGGUGGAAGCUUUCGAAAAGGUGUACAACACCGCGGAUCUGAUUGUAUCGUUCGAUGCAAUCAAUUUCACCUUGCCCCGCGAGGACAUUGCCCCGAAUGUACCAUGGCCGCAUCAAGACCAAGAUCCUCUCAAGCCGGGAUUUCGAUGUCUUCAGGGCCUUGUAAAUCUACUUCCCAAUGGACCCGAUGACGGCGGCCUCAUUGUUUGUAAAGGCGCACAUCUUGCGUCUGAGGAAUACCAUCGUGUCUUCAAAGACGAGGCUAGGAUUCCAGCAUGGACCAACGAGUGGUUCGGAUUUACCGAAAAUGGCAUGAAGUGGUUCGAGGACAACGGAUACCAAUGGGAGAAAGUGUGUGCCGAACCUGGCGACCUUUUAGUUUGGGACUCGCGGACUCCGCAUUACAAUCUCAGCUCCAAGACAUCCCAGCCUCGGUUUGCAGUGUACACCUGCUUCAUGCCAGUUGAGCAGGCCACGCAGGAAGAUCUGAUCGGGAAGAAGGCCGCCUUUGAGAAGUAUCUUGGYACGACGCAUUGGCCCAAUGCUCGUCACAUCGGCUCGAAUCUGGCGAAGAGGAACGGAGAGGAAGAUCCGCACAAUCGGUUUGAGCCCGUGAACAAGCCCGUGCUUGAUGAGAGAGCAUUCAAGUUGACGGGUAUUCCGUACAUCAAGGCGUAG